AAACGAAUCAAACUUCUCUUUCUCCUUUUCUUUUUUCUUCUUCAACUUCAAUGUCGAUUUUUGUUCUCAAUAAAAAAAAAUUCAAAAUCCGUUCGCAAUUGAAUAUCGUUAUUUAAUCACGUGAUAGAUAUUAUAUUUUAAUGGAUAUAUGUCAAUAUUAGUACGUAGAGCAAAUAUACUAUUUGGCAAUGUGCAAUGCCCCUUAAUAAAGUCGAUACCCUUAUUAGUCACUGUCCAUUGGUGGUAGAAGGAAUGGUUAUAAACGGUCACAAGGUUCAAGUGUACGACACGACGCUAUCUUUACAUUACCAUUCCUUUGUUAUCUCGUUUAUGCUUGAACCAUCAUUAUCACGGAGCAAGCUGAGCCGAUAACAACUCUACCCAAGGCAUUAAUGCUGAGAAAGUGCUGCCACUUAAAGUGCCGUUACUUGUACAUACGUCCGUUAGUCUACUACGGAGCUCCAAUCCUGCUUGCCAACGUGCUCGUCUUUUAUCGAAUUCUACCGAAGAACAUCGUGCCCAUCGUGCCCAUCGUGAAGAAGUAUGGAUGCGAUGAAGACCGGCUGGUUCAGCGAGAUAAACGACUUUUGGCCUGGUGUAUCACUGUCCCUCGAACUUGAAAACACGUUACAUCGAGAAAAAUCGCAAUAUCAGGACGUUCUAGUGGUGCAGACAAAAACUUAUGGGAAAGCUUUGAUACUCGAUGGUAUUAUCCAGUGUACGGAAAAGGAUGAAUUCGCUUAUCAAGAGAUGAUAGCGUUUUUGCCAUUAUGUAGUCAUCCUAAUCCAAAGAACGUUUUAAUAGUAGGUGGUGGUGAUGGUGGAGUAGCACGCGAAGUUGCAAAACAUCCUAACGUUGAAAGAAUCGUACAAGUAGAGAUCGAUUCGACGGUACUCGAAGUAUCGAAAAAGUAUUUGCCAUUUAUGGGGGUUGGUUUGAAUAAUCCCAAGGUCACGUUAAACGUCGGAGACGGAUUUGAAUUUAUGAAGCAACACACGAAAGAAUUCGAUGUUAUCAUCACGGACAGCAGCGAUCCGAUUGGUCCCGCGGAGUGUCUCUUUCAAGAAUCGUAUUUUAGUUUAAUGAAGACAGCUUUGAAGCCUGGCGGCAUUGUUUGUAGUCAAGCUGGUACAGCAUGGAUGAACUUAGAUCACGUAGUAAAAACUUUUCAACAUUGCAAAUCUUCCUUCGCGAUAGUCGAUUAUGGUAUCACGUCUGUCCCAUCCUAUCCAACCGGACAAAUCGGUUUUGUAUUAGGUGGACUUUCUACAGAAACCAAUUUCAAGGUACCAAAGAGGAUAUUCACGGAAGAAGAAUUGGAUGAAAUGAAUUUAAGGUAUUACAGUAGUGAAGUACACAAAGCAGCGUUCGUAUUGCCGAGGUUCGUAGAAAAGGCAUUGAAAUCUUACAGGACGACGUGAAAAGGAUCUAUUUUCAACUUAUUUUUAUUGCCGACGAAUUUAUUCUCUCUUUCUCUCUCUCUCUCUGAAAUCUUUUUUUGUUUUUUUUUUUUU